UAGUCAGUCGAAAAUGUCGGCUAUUCGUUUAAUGUUGGUGCUGCUGGUUAUAGCGGCAGUGUCGAUAUUUCAUGUUAAUGCUGCCUAUCGAAAACCGCCUUUCAACGGAAGCAUUUUCGGCAAACGCGCCAAUUCCAUUUCUGAUUACGAUAUUGCCAACCGCGCCAUGGAUGCAAUAUGCGAGAUAGCAAGGGAUAACUGCAACGCAUGGUACGCGCAUCAAGAUUCCAACUGAAGAUACUUGAAGUAAAAAAAGGAUCAA